AUGGCGUUUUCAUACAUUCUCCCCCGGCAUGACCUCACGCCGAAUUACCUAUUCCCUAGGCAGGAGAACAACACCGAUGUCAGUUCCGAUCCUGGGCUUCCACCGCCCAUGACCCCGGAGGAGAUUGCCGCAGCACCGCAUCCCAACUUCGGCCCCAAGCUCGUCACUUCGAUAUGGGUCCUCAUUGGACUCUCGGCGGCUUUCCUAGCAUUACGGCUUUACUGCAAAUUCUCUCGGCAUCGCGGAACCUGGUGGGAUGACUAUCUGUUGAUCGGAGCAUGGGUUUGCAUCACUGCCGAAUCCGCCUGCCUGACGUACGCGACCACCCUCGGCUACGGGAAGUUCUGGUAUGACUGGUCUCCGAUCUACGAAGAGGUCAUUACCAUGGUCAAGCUCAUCAACUCCGCCGGCUCCUUGUCCCUCACCGCAGCCAUCUGGUCCAAGACGAGUUUCGCCCUUACACUCCUCCGACUCACCGAAGGCAAGAUCAAGUGGCUUAUCUGGUUCAUCAUCAUCUCUAUGAACAUUGCCAUGGGCCUUAGCGCCCUUUUCGUCUGGAUCCAGUGCACGCCUCUUCCGCGAGUAUGGGAUCGUCUUGUCCCAGGAACCUGCUGGGAGGCACACGUCCUUCCCAACUAUAACAUCUUCUCAGCCUCUUACUCUGCUGCUAUGGACAUUACUCUCGCCCUCCUCCCCUGGCGACUCAUCUGGGGCCUCCAAAUGAAGAUGAAGGAAAAGAUCGGUGUCGCCGUGGCCAUGAGCUGUGGCGUCUUCGCCGGAAUCACCGCCAUCAUCAAGACCACCAAGAUCCCCGCCAUGGCUUCCGCCGACCCCGGUCCGGGUGUCGAUCUCUUCGUCUGGGGCAACGCCGAAUCCUGCGUGACCAUCAUCGCCGCCUGCAUUCCAAUCCUGCGAGUCCUCAUCCGCGACGUCAAGACCUCUGCUGGACGCUACUAUCUGUCUAACGGCCGCACUGGCGCUGGCCACAGUACCCAUCACCAAUCUAAGAACCGAGAUAACAGCAAUACUAUUACGAUCACUGGCGGGCGGAAGGAUAAUGGCUACUACAAGGCUGAAGACGAGCGUGAAUUGACGAGGGAAUCGAACGGCAAGAUUAUGCAGACGAAAGAGGUUGCGAUCGAGUAUCAGUCUGCGGAUAACUGGACUGAGGAGCAUGAGUUGGACGAUCUACAACGACGCCCACGGUCAUGA